AUGGCGGAUCUCGCCGAAGUGCAGCAGCUCGAACUGCUGUGUCAGGCCUUCUAUGGAGGUGGCAGCAAGGAGGAGCAAAACGAAGCGCACAAGAAAAUUCUGGAGCAGGUUGGUUUGUUCUUGAGCGCAUCAACGGCUCACUGGGUAGUAGGUUUGUAUAUUUACACGGAGUUGACGCAAGAGAUGCAACCCAAGAUAGGGUCGCACAUGUCGCGUCUCCGUAGGGUGGCUUUUUCUUUUCGAGACAUAGCUCUACCGUCAAUUCUGCAGGUUGCGGUAAAGACACUGCAGCAAUUCGAUGCAGGAGCUAUUCGAGUUCCCAACGAUGAGGAGGAGACGCCAUUCAUCAUGAGUCGCAUGUGCGUAGCGGAAGCCAUCGCAGAAGACGCCGACAACUGCGACUGGGAGAGUCCUUUAAACAACGAGGUGCUGCGGCAGGAGCAGCUGGAGGUGUUGUCGCAGCUGGCGAGGUGUCGCUACACGAAGACCGCGCGCAUGGUGCACGAGUUAUUCGAGGAAACAAAAGCCAAGGCUCAGAGCGGCGAGAUCAACCGAAAAGUCUUCGAGGAGAAGAUCACGUGGCUGGUGUAUUUAAUUGGAGCUCUUGUUGGCAGCAACUGGACGGGGAGACUCCCCGAUGUCCAUGUCGAGGGUGGGCAAAACGCCUCCUCAGAAACCGUGCAGAUGGCGAACGCAGGGCUGUCCAAGUUGGUGUUGACGCUGAUCGAGGAAACAAAGUGCGAAGAGGCACCCGAGACUCUCGAGCUCGCCUUCCUGUAUUUCCUCGAUCAGUUUAGAAAGCUUUUCAUCGGGCAGUUCGCUCGCAAGCAGGAUACCACCAGCGCUUUCGCAACAGGUACAGCAAGCGGCCGUCGCCCACGCUUAGCACCGAGGAGGGGUGGAGGGGGAUUUUUUGCUCUCGGAGCGGCGGAUGACAAGGCAGUGGUUGCAACACUUGUCAGCAAGAUUGGAUUCAACCUGCAGCACCGCGUGGAGAUGCCGGAGUGUAUCAAGAAGUCGAUGGAUUUGCUGUUUGAGUUCGUAGCCGGUGUGCAUAUUGUACAUUGGAUAUCGAGAGCACCGGAACUUAUCGUCACGGGGCGACUUCUCCUGGAAACCCCCACCGGAGGCUACUUCCUGACGAAUCACUGCAACGUGGAGUUCAAAUUCUUGUCGAUGCGCAGAUACUCGCGGCUUCGGACGACCUAUUAUUUGACACUGGGAACGCUCUUGUUCUAUCAGCAGCGAAAAGCAGCCGUCUCUUUUGAGCAGUUCGUGCAGCCCAUGGAUGCCAUCUUCCUGUCCCUCUGGCAGCAAACAGAUGAGGGCCGUAAUCCGCAGUCGAUCCGCAAUCCACUCUGCAGAGACCCCUUGAUUGGUCUCGUGCGAGACUUAAGAGGCUUGAGCUUCGCUUCAGGAAACAACGCCACCUACACCGUCCUCUUUGAUUGGUUGAUGUCGCCAUGGAAGAAGAUCAACGGCAGCACACGUAUGGCGAUUUUCAGCUGGGCCGCGGAUGCGUGGUGGGAUGAUGCGGAAGUGUUGGUGCCCCUUUUGAAGUUUAUUGCCGAUUUUGUGAGCAAUAGAGGGGGCGGCAGGAUUCAGUUUGUUGAGUCUUCUGCCAAUGGCAUCCGGCUCUUCAAAGAGGCGUCGAGUGUAGUGCUCAAAUACGGUAACAGAAUAUUGCAGAAACAGGAGUUCACGGAUCCGUACAAGGAAAAGUACAAGGGCAUGGCGGUGGCUCUACAGAUUCUCAGCAACAUCAUCAGCGGCAACUAUUGCCACUAUGAAGUCUUUGAAGUUUACGGAGAUACAGUGCUCAACGACUCGCUUCGCCUGGCUUUGCAGAUGUGUCUUGCAAUACCCCAAGACGAUUUGAUGGCCUAUUUGAAGUCGCUGAGGCCGGUGUAUUCCUUCCUCGAGGUUGCUACGGAGUCGUUCAUGCAGCACAUCUUAGAGCUGCCACCGGCCCAUCUAGCGCAGCUGCUGCGAUGCGUGGAAGACGGCCUCUGUGCUCAGGAAACAGUGUUGAUGCAGUCCUGUGCAACAUUAGGUCACUUUGUGGAGUUCAUCUUUAGAUACAGAAACUCUGAGGAGAAGGAAGGCACCGCCGUGCGCGCCUUCCUAGAAGCCCAACCAGGCAGUCUUCCCCGAAUGCUGCAGCUCAUCUUCCAACUCCUUAUGACGGGCCAGCUUCCCAACUUGUUCGCCAUCUCAGGCGUCUUACUGGGGUUGAUUCUGCUGCAAGAGAACGAAUACUUAAAGCUCAAACAGCAAAUAAUCGAACAGCAAAUAGAAGCCAAGAGGCCUCAAGUAGAGGGGUUUUUUACAGCAUUGAUGCUAAACAUCGAAGAUGACCUGGAGACUGCAAAUAAAGUAACUUAUAAAACCACUACAACUUCAUCUUCUUGCGGGUAG